UCCUACCUCAACCUUAUUCUUCACUGCAGGCUGGGCAGGCAUUAGAGUUGGGUUCCUUUCUAUUUUUAAACUACAUUUAAGGGCUAAAGGAAAAUCCGUACUGGACCCUCUGUUGACGUCAUCACAUUUAUGUCCUGCCUGCCAGCCAGGUGACAGUCUCCUUAGAGGUAGAGUGUGGGGUAUGUGUGUAUGUGUGGGUAAGUGUUUAUGUGUGAAAUUUUUCCCCAGGAAGGGAUGAUGGUUGAUCACUAUCCCUCCUUAUUAGGAACAGUAAAUAAUAAUAACAGGUUAGGACAAAGUAUGCAGCAUGCAUACGUGGGCUGAAGUGUUGAGCAGCCAUUUGUCCAACCAGCUUUGGUUCUAGUGGGUAAGAGAGCAGAGGAAUGGACAAGAUACCCUCUUCGAGGCUUUUCUGGUCUAAGAAAUCUUUACUUUUCAUUAGGAGAGUUGAGUUUAGCACUUACUUGGCUAGAGUGGCAGGGUCUGGAGUGAGGGUACAAGAGGAGGCAGGGAAGCUGGCCUGGGUUGGAGGUUGUUAGUGUUCCAGGCUGUGUACUGCCAUCUGCCCCCACUCCCAGUCCCAUCCUGCAAUGCAAGCCUGUCCACAGAACAUGCCAAAUGACCUGUCCUCAUCUCCCGGGUGGCAUUCAGGGGCUCUGACACUGGGUCUAGUCCUUUCUCUCUAAAAACACUCAUCAGCUUGUGGCCAUUGUGGGGAGGGUGAUGGUGGGACACACAGAGAAAGAGAGGGAUACAGAGAGUGGGUUUAUUUCUCCCAAGAUCGGCAGCAGCCCUGCUUCACGGCUACCAGGUGUUCACUAGAGAAUAGCCUUAAGAUAUUUGACUUCCACUCCUCUUGUUGAGAUCGAAGCCCACUUCCACUUGUCCCAGUAUUCGGUGGAGCUGAGAAACAGCAGUUUCCCCAACUUCAUUUAUUUCUAAUUCUUCAAGGCUUUGGCAUAAUGACAAAGUAUUUUAAUUUCUUCCUGCUUUUGAUGGGUAGGGGUAAAGGGAAAACUUCCUGUCAUAAAGUCCUAGCUGUUGGCCUGUGUCUUCUCUUUUCCCUUUCUGCUGACAUACUCAACUUCAUUAGUUCCUUUUCCUCUCUACCACAUCACCCCCAGCCAGAGACCUAGAUCUAAGAGACUGCAGAUCCCCGAACUCUUUUCCCCAACGCGUUGGGCUUCACCCGCCGGCUCUCCCCCUUAGCCCCGCCCAACUCCUCAUCUGACCAAUCACGGCCCCAGUGUACAUGUAUUGGUGAUGUCAUCUCCUAGCCAAUCAGGAGACGGGCUGGGACUGUGUGCGCACGUCCACUUGGAGCUGCAGGGACUGGGUUCUUCCCUCCCCAACCUUGGCGAAAGCAAAGUCUGAAGGCAGGAGAGGGGGUCCUGGUCCUCAGACCCCUUCUGGGUGCCUCUUUUGGCCCCUCCUGGGCCAUCUCAUCGCUUCUCCUUACCUCUGAGCAGGAUUGACCUCUCUCUGGUUGAUUCAUGGUUAUUCCCCACUUUCCAUUUUACAAAUGAGAAAACUGGGGCUGGGGGUGUUAAUUUGCCCAACCCCUUGGUUUCUAUGAGCGAGUUCUCUUGACUUUCAUUCUCUGCUUGUGGGUGGAGGGCCCUUCCCUCCCUAUUGAGCCGGCCUCUGGAUAAGGAUCCCCUGACACCUAGCUUCAGGAAACCCCUCCCUACAGUUUCUUAUUCUCUGUGGGAAGUUCAUCCCCCUGUCUUACUUCCAUUCUGUGAGGUGGAUUAAAGCUCAUUUUGAAGAAUGGCCCCAGAAAAAGACCCUGAAGAGGGAGCUGAAUCUGCUAAGCUCCUUUUGGGGGUUCUUACAGGACCCCUUCCCCUCACGCUACAGACUUCCUCUCCGUGAGAGAUUCAGGAUGGUUCCCUGUUCCUGCACCCUUAAACCUCUUGCUAACCCCCUUUUUCCCAAAGAGGAGCCCCACCUCCUCAGACCAAGAGGCUGGCCUGUGCUAUUUCUGUCCUUUCUGGGCUUCUUCUGAGAACAGAUUCUUGUUUCCCAUCUGAUUCAGAUGUGAAACUUUUCCCGCAGCCUCCCCUCUCAUCCAGUUCCGGUAGGCUGGGUCUCUGCCUCCCCACUCUCUUCUUCCUGCAGCCAGGCCCCUCCCCAAAGUUCUCUCUGGUCAGUCGCUCAGUUCUACUGGGACCUGGAGGAGCAGGGCAGGGGCCAAAGAGGAAGUUGUCCCCGCUUAGGGGCCCUGGGGCUCCCGGGGUCAGGAUUUUGAUACUCUGAAGCAGGAAAGUUUGAUUCCCAUGGCAAACCCUGUUCCUGUUCAGAGGAGCCACCUUCAGGGCCCCAUCCUCAGGCUGCGCUACAUGGUGAAGCAGUUGGAGAACGGGGAGGUAAACAUCGAGGAGCUGAAGAAAAAUCUGGAGUACACAGCUUCUCUGCUGGAAGCCGUCUACAUAGAUGAGACACGGCAAAUCUUGGACACGGAGGACGAGCUGCAGGAGCUGCGGUCAGAUGCCGUGCCUUCGGAGGUGCGGGACUGGCUGGCCUCCACCUUCACCCAGCAGGCCCGGGCCAAAGGCCGCCGAGCAGAGGAGAAGCCCAAGUUCCGAAGCAUUGUGCACGCUGUGCAGGCUGGGAUCUUCGUGGAACGGAUGUUCCGGAGAACAUACACCUCUGUGGGCCCCACUUAUUCUACUGCGGUCCUCAACUGUCUCAAGAACCUGGAUCUCUGGUGCUUUGAUGUCUUUUCCUUGAACCGGGCAGCAGAUGACCAUGCCCUGAGGACCAUUGUUUUUGAAUUGCUGACUCGGCAUAACCUCAUCAGCCGCUUCAAGAUUCCCACUGUGUUUUUGAUGAGUUUCCUGGAGGCCUUGGAGACAGGCUAUGGAAAGUACAAGAAUCCUUACCACAACCAGAUCCAUGCAGCCGAUGUUACCCAGACAGUCCAUUGCUUCUUGCUCCGCACAGGGAUGGUGCACUGCCUGUCGGAGAUUGAGGUCCUGGCCAUCGUCUUUGCUGCAGCUAUCCAUGAUUAUGAGCACACGGGCACUACCAACAGCUUCCACAUCCAGACCAAGUCAGAAUGUGCCAUCCUGUACAAUGAUCGUUCAGUGCUGGAGAAUCACCACAUCAGCUCUGUCUUCCGACUGAUGCAGGAUGAUGAGCUGAACAUUUUCAUCAACCUCACCAAGGAUGAGUUUGUAGAACUCCGAGCCCUGGUCAUUGAGAUGGUGUUGGCCACAGACAUGUCCUGCCAUUUCCAGCAAGUGAAGACCAUGAAGACAGCCUUGCAACAGCUGGAGAGGAUUGACAAGCCCAAGGCCCUGUCACUACUGCUCCAUGCUGCUGACAUCAGCCACCCAACCAAGCAGUGGUCGGUCCACAGCCGCUGGACCAAGGCCCUCAUGGAGGAAUUCUUCCGCCAGGGUGACAAGGAGGCAGAGUUGGGCCUGCCCUUUUCUCCUCUCUGUGACCGCACUUCCACGCUGGUGGCACAGUCUCAGAUAGGGUUCAUCGACUUCAUUGUGGAGCCCACAUUCUCUGUGCUGACUGAUGUGGCAGAGAAGAGUGUUCAGCCCCUGGCGGAUGAGGACUCCAAGUCUAAAAACCAGCCCAGCUUUCAGUGGCGCCAGCCCUCUCUGGAUGUGGAAGUGGGAGACCCCAACCCUGAUGUGGUCAGCUUUCGUUCCACCUGGGUCAAGUACAUUCAGGAGAACAAACAGAAAUGGAAGGAGCGGGCAGCAAGUGGCAUCACCAACCAGAUGUCCAUUGACGAGUUGUCCCCCUGUGACGAAGAGGCACCCCCAUCCCCUGCCGAAGAUGAACACAACCAAAAUGGGAAUCUGGACUAGCCCUGGGGCUGGCCCAGGUCUUCAUUGAGUCCAAAGUGUUUGAUGUCAUCAGCACCAUCCAUCAGGACUGGCUCCCCCAUCUGCUCCAAGGGAGCGUGGUUGUGGAAGAAACAACCCACCGGAAGGCCAAAUGCCAGAGAUGUGGGGUUGGGGAAAGGGCCCCUCCCCACCUGACACCCAUUGGGGCACACUUUAAUGUCCCGGCAGCAAGAAUGGGGAACUUCAGGCUCCCAAUGGUCACUGUGCCCAUCCCUCAGCCUCUGGAUUCUCUUCAUGGCCAUGUGGCUGCCAGGGAGCGGGGAGCUUCCUGGAGGCUUCCCAGGGCCUUGGGGGAGGGUCAGAGAUGCCAGCCCCCGGGACCUCCCCCAUCCUUUUUGCCUCCAAGUUUCUAAGCAAUACAUUUUGGGGGUUCCCUCAGCCCCCCUACCCCAGAUCUUAGCUGGCAGAUCUGGGUCCCCCUUUUCCUCCCCUGGGAAGGGCUGGAAUAGGAUAGAAAUCUGGGGGUUUUCAGAGCCCUAUGUGUGGGAAGGGGAGUGGGUUCCUUCAGGGCACGGUACGUUUCUAGGACCUGGGAAUGGGGUGGGUAGGACAUCCUCUUCACCCCAGAACUGCACUGCUUCAGCCCCAUCUCCAGCCUGAUCCUCUGCAAUCUUCCUUCUCUCCCUUUCUGAUACAGUGACUGGGAAAAAAGGAGCCAUUGUGACCAGGGGCUGCGGGAGGCCUUCCCUGGGACCUUCCUUGGGACUGGUCUGGGACCCUGGGGCUUGUCACCUGCCCUGGCUGAGUCCUGAGCCCUUUGCCUCCUUCCUCUCGCCUGGGGCUGGGAGGCUCCCAUCCGACCAAUGUCUGUAACGUGCUUUGAGAUCUCCCCAGCAAAGCACCUUCAGGAUGUAUCGACACCAGCUGGGUUAGGGUCAAGGGUGCCUGGGGAGGGUGAGGUAUAAUCCAGUAAUCCUGCGUUGCUAAAAGAGAGGGUCUGUCCCCUCCUUUCCACUUCUCAGAACUGGCCCAGCUGCAGGCACUAAGAAGCUCCUCCCCUGAGACAAUUGAGGGGUAGUGGGUGAAAGGCAGAUGGAGGAGGGGCUCAGGGCUGCUGCCUUCCUGUCCUCUGGAGAGAACCCAGCCAGGCGCGGUGCCCCUUCCUCUCCUCAGGCUCCUCCUUGCCCCCGCCUUGCCCCGGGAAAGGCCAAAGUCCAGGUGACUGCCCUCCUUUCUUGUAAAUACCAACCAUGCAUUUGUACAGUGGGCCCUGUUCAUGCGAAAUCCAUAUCCAUGGUCUCCUAGACCUGCUACCCUGAUACUUCCACCCCACCCCACCCCGAGUAGGGCAGAGAUGCAUGUGACUCACCCCUGCCCUUGGUCUCCCAGACCCCUGCUAUAGCCAGAGAACAAUAAAGAAGGGAGACCAGG